AUUACACCAGUACAAACAUGCGCAACAAGCACUUAUUUUCUGUGAUGGACGAAUCUGCGCUUCGCCGUGUCAACGGGGCCUGUUUUAUUAGUUACAUUUCCAGUGAAAGCUGCAAUAGAAAGCUUGGUCUUUUUUCGAGAGGCUUAUUUUUGCGUGCUGGUAUGGAAGUAGCAGUUGUAUUUGUGAUUAUUCACGCAAGCUUUUUUUAUUUCAGUGAUUGCGGAGUGGACAUGGGCAGCGCGCUGGCUUAUGCGGGGGUCUGCAUUAUUAGUUGCUGCAGUAACUGCCACGGGAUUUCUGCUUUUUAGCACCGAAACUUACUUUGGCAGCUUUUUUUUUUUUUUAUAGUAUUUGUUCUAUGCUUGGACUACUUUUGAUUUAUUUAUUUUUUUUAAAUGGGGUGGGUUGGACAUAACCAUCACUUUAAUGCAAUGUUCAUUUCACACGUUUAAAUGCUGGUCUUAGUUACCAAAAAUUCAGCAACAUACAAAAAUAUUUAUAUUUUAAGACAACCCUAAUACUAACAUCCAGUUUUUAUAUCAAAUGAGAACAUAAUGAAGAAAAUGAAAUGUUAUUUGAAAUGUUAACUUAAAUGGUAAUUCAGUGCAAACACCAAAAUUAAGUAUAUAACUGUACCAACGUAGAACUAACGGGUCUAACACGGAAAUUUUGUAUUUCUACACGUACCCUUCCAAAGCGGUAGGUGGCACUAUGCGACAUCUAAUUCAUUGACAUUCAAUAUGGAAACCGCCGAAGAAGCACUUCGAACGUUGCUUGAAAUGACGCCUGGUAAUAUUGCUAUGUUCUGUGAUUUGUGAUGAGUCGACCCAGGGGCUUGUUUAAACACGUCUAAUGCAGUCUUGAUUUAAGAGAAAUGCGACGUAUGUAAUCUGAAACGACACUGCUGGAUCAUGUUCUGAUUCAGCGAAGCGUAAACAAGGUAAUCUACAAUCUAAUUGCAAGAGAGAACCUUAGCCGGAACACCAUGACAGGAACCACCCCCAAGUUUGUAUGGUGUUCUUGUGGCAAAAAUAAGAUCCUAUCUAAGGAUACUCACCAGUUAUGCGUGCACUGCUUAGGAAUACAGCAUGCCAAGGAGGCUGUGCUGGAGUAUGGCAAGUGCCCACACUGCGCCGAGAUGGACUGGAGCUGGCGUAUAAAUCGACUUGCCAAUGUACAGGAGUUCAUGCACCGGGAGAACCAGCUGCAACGCAAAUGCGAAUCUGCACGCUGUGACCCUCCACCCACGACACUGACUGGUAUUCCAGAAGUGACCAAAGAGCCCAUCACUACCCCAUCGCCCUCCACAUUGAUUACUCUGUCCCCUGCACAACCUCUGUCAUUCCCAGUAAUGCUCACAGUAAAUUCCCCAGCCUCCACUCUUACAGUCUCCAAAGGUGCCUGUGAUUCUCCAGGAGGCCUUCCACAGCCUCUGCAAUCCACCUUUGCCUUGAGUCCCUUCCCACCAGAGGCUAAGGCCCAUAAAAGGAGGCACUCAUCCAGGGCCCAUUCCCGGUUAACUAGGCGAUCGAAACGAAACCAACAGCACAAGUGCAAGUGUUGCUUAUCUUGUUGGGAUUCCUUAAACUCCUGUUCCUCUGCCAGAGGAGCGACAUCCUGGUGGAGAACAUGUGCCGUCAAAUUGGAAAGGCAGCUAAUGGAGAGCAUGCAGCAAAAAUUAAACGCCCAGCAGAAGAGCAUGCAAGCACGAUGGUCCAUGAUGGAGAAGCGAAUCGGGGCUUUGGAAAGGCUGACAACAGAUUCUUUGGUUACAGUCUCUGCUGCAACCCAAACAAUACAGGAAGAUCAAAAAGACCACAUCUACCCAGAUAAAUUGACAUCCAUCCAGCUGGCUGUGAAGAAUCAGGAGCAACCUCACGUAUCUCCUUCAGGUGCCAAUGAGAAGAUGGCUGAUAAUGAGAGUGGGGAAGACCUUUCUUUAUUGCCAGAGAUCUCCCUUAAAAUUAAGGAUAUGCUGAUUGCUGUUAAGUUGCAGGAGCUUAUGGGACGGGCCACAAAAUAUCUAGGAAUUGACUUUCCUCAUACAACUGACCACCCUAAUCCCACAAUAGUCCCCGAGUUUGAAGACUCAGUCCAGAGCACAUGGUCUAAUCCGGCAUGCUCCCGACCAUUCAAGCCAGUGCAUGCAGAGAUGUACCGAUUACACGUGUGCCAGGCUCCAGCUUAUGAUCAAAUGCCCCAGAUCAGCAGCUUCAUGUCAGCCAUCUUUCAGGCCGUCACGCCUAUGGAGAACAAGGAAGUGUCCAGGCCGGCCAAAUCCUGGCGCUUUGCUGAAGCACUUGCAGAGAGAGCCUAUCAGACUGCUGGAAUGCUGGCCAGGACCGCUAACUACUUGCGGUACUUAUCGGACUACCAGAAACGUCUGCUUCUGGAAGCGAGUGAGGGGCAGCCACCUCAGCGCUUGGUGGCUAUUGUGAAUGAACUAAAACUCAUAGCAAAGUUCACGCUUCAGCUGUCUACUCACCAGGCUGAGCUCUCCGGUAGGGCCAUGGCCUGGUCUGUGGCUAUUCGCCGACAAGUCUGGUUGUCAGAAACUAACUGUAAAGAUGAUCUUCAGGCCACAGUUGUGGACCUGCCCUUUGUGGUCAGUCAUGCUACAGGGACCACAAAUGUUUCUACCUCAAGUAAUAUGCUGCGCAAAGAAGACAUUUUGUAAAUUUGUUAAGAAAACGGGCAAGUAUAGGAUGACAUAACAGCACUUUUUUGUAGAUAUGUCUUAGAGUUCUCUGGGUGUCUUGUUCUCUGUUGUUCUUCCACUACUGUAGUAAACUAGGUUUUAAUUUUCCGAAAAGCAUAGCUUUUGGCAUUUCUUAUGUAUGCUGGGCUAGACUGAGCCACAGAAUUUUCUGUCCUCAUCGGUACAUGUGCCCAUUUUUAAAAGAGCCACAUUUAAUAAGACUGUUCACAGUAUCAUCCAUGACUGGGUAAACAUAGCAACAUGCUGCAUUUAACAAGUCAUGGAGGAGCCUUCUUUCUAAAAUGGUUUUACAUGGAUAUCUACAGUUAUUUCAAAGUACUCUUAUUAAUAGCUUAUUUGGGUAUUUUACAAGACUAUUUAUUUAUAUAAACCACUGUAUGAAGUAAUACAAAUAUCAGCUUCAUAAGAAGAAACUUUAAAUCAUUAUUAAAUAUGAAUUUAUUAUUAUUAAAUUCUGGUUUAAAUAUAAAUUCACAUUCUCUACUGAAAAUAUAUGUAAAAUUGUAGUUACAUAUGCUGGUUCUUCAUCAAAGUAUGAUUUAAUCUGACUGUGUGUUCAAAUAUAAGCAUGUAUAAACCAAUGUUGUUUUCAGCCCUUGUAAGUCAAAGGCACACUUUAAUAAAAUCUGAUGCAGGCUAGAAA